CAUUGAAUAUUACUAAUGUGUAUAUUUGUUGUUAUAUAUUUCACUAUUUUACAGUCGCCCAGCCGUCUGGAGUCAGCAGCCUCUUCAAGUGAACACACCACAGGACGUCAAUUGCAACGUGUCUUGCACUAUACGAUGACACCCUGCCGCACAUUGCCCGGCCUUAGAAGGUCAGAAUGUGCCAUACACGAUGUCGAUUGUGAUGAAGUUUAUCCAGGCAUCUAUAUUGGUGAUGCAGCUGCUGCUAAAAAUAAAACAUACCUGCGUAUGAUGGGCAUUACACAUGUUCUAAAUGCCGCCGAAGGUUGUCGUUAUGGUCAGGUCGAUACAGGGCACAUUUACUAUCGUGAUAUGCCAAGUAUUAGAAGAAAAAACAAAGACACUGUUUUCAGAUAUAUGGGCUUCCCAAUGAUUGAUGCUCCUACAACCGAUAUUUCACGUUAUUUCUAUGUGGCGGCCAAAUUUAUUGACAGUGCCAUCAGUAGUGGAGGCAAAGUCUUAGUUCAUUGCUUGGUGGGUGUGUCACGUUCCGCCACCUGUGUUUUGGCCUAUUUGAUGAUUUGUCGUAAAAUGUCAGCGGUUGAUGCUAUACGAACAGUACGCAUGCGCCGUGAUAUUCAUCCAAAUGAUGGUUUCCUACAGCAAUUGGCUGAUUUAGACAUGGAACUGAGACGUAAAAAUCUAUAUCCAUUUUAAGAAAACACAAUAAAUCAUAAAUAACAUCUAUAAAACAAUAACAGCAACAACAAUAACCAAAGAAACCAACUCAAAUUAUUGAAUCACAUAUUCAGAUAUUAUUUGAAAAAAAAAAAAAAAAUAACAAAAUCAAACUAUAGAUUUAUAUAUUUAAAUGAAAAAAAAAAAAAACGGAAAACUGAAACAAAAAUAAAAUAUAUAUAGUGAUAUAAUAUAGAAAUCAGUAAUCAGAGACCAUUUAUAAAAGUAGAGACAAAUUCUAAAUAAUCUAAACAGACAAUGGACUUACGGACUCUAUAAACUAACUGCUACUUAAUUGAAACGUUAAACAAACAAAAAACGAUCUUUUGAACUUAUUUUAUAAAUAUUAAGAAGAACAAAUCUAAUAUU